AUGAGUACACAGCAAUUUGCGCAUUUGUUGGCAGAGUAUGUCAUAAAGAGGCAUCUACGGUCCGAUCAGGACGACACCGAUACUGGGUCUGGCAGUUUCAGUGAUACUGUAUGGAAUGACAUAGAAGGCAUAUUCAAGAAAUUUAGCGGGAACAUAAGGACAAAAAAUGUGUACAACGCACCAGUGUGUGACGUCAGUUUCCCAGGGAACGGCAUGAAAGUACGCAUGCAAAAGAUUAUUUGCCUUAGCAUAGUGAAUAUAUUUUUGUUCAUGGACGGCAUAGACAAUGUAGGAGGUGCAUGGGAAAGGAGGAAUAAAAUAAAGAAGGGAAAUGAUUUUGAAGAUUAUGUGAGGUGUAUAUUGGGGAAUGUCAUUUUGAUAGAACUUUUUGGGCGCAAUUGUAAUCAUGUUAAGAUUAUUGAUACUGUUUCAAGUAGCAUGAAAAUAUGGAGAGACAUGUUACAAUGGGAGGACGGGAGCAAGAUGUGCGAAGAUUUUAAUUAUAAUAACAUAAGAAUAGGGGGUAAACUCAUUGGGCUAACGAUGGCAGCAUGGAUAAGGCAAUGGAGACGUACAAAUUGGCCGGGGACUAUUGCGGGUGGGACGAGGGGAGAAAUAUGUGCAGCGGGAAAUUUUGGUAGGAGGGAAAAUCCGCAGGGGAAUGUGCAAGAUGAGCCCAAGGUACAUAUUAUACGGAUGUUUGACGAUGGUAGUGCGAGAGAGGUGCAUGAACUCCUGGAGACAGGCAAAGAUAUGUCGGAACAGGAGAAAAGGAGAAUGGUAAAGGAGAUAAAGAAAGAGAGCUCAGCGACAGUACUGGCCUCAGCCGCCACUGAAAACCGCCACACAUCAGGCAAACCACAAUCCCCUAAAUCGGCAGCAAAACACGGACCGAUAGUAUCGAAAAGAGUUAUGAAUGUGGCAGAAAAUUGUCCAAAGUACAAAAAAAAACAACACUGUUGA